AUGAAAGGAGUAGUAGAAGAAGUGAGAAAGGAAAUCAGAGGAUGGUGGAAGAAAUGGAGGGAGGAGAAAGGAGAGCUGAUAAAAAGGAUUGAAAGAAUGAACGAAAGAAUAGAAAAACUAGAGCAGGGAGGGGGUGGGGAUAGAGAGGGGAGCGGGAAGAAUGACGAGGGCGAGAGCAGGAUUAUGAUGAACAUGAGAAGAUUGGAAAAAAGACUGGAGAAUAAGGAAAAGGAGGAAAGAAGAAGGAACGUGAUGCUAAGAGGAGUAGAGGUAAAGGAGGGGAAAAGGAAGGAGGCGGUGGAGGAGAUUCUCAAGAUAAUAGAGUGCGAAACUUGCGCAAAAGCUGCUCCUUCGCCAGUCAAAUGCACACUUCAGUCAUGGCCCGUGGCUACCCGACCAUGGUCUCGCAUCCACGCCGACUACGCAGUCUCCGUAGAAGGGUUCAACUUCCUGGUCAUCGUUGACGCCUACAGCAAGUGGCCUGAAAUUUUCAAAACCACUGCCACCACAUCAUCAAGGACCAUCGAGCUUUUCUCUGAGGCGUUCGCUCGUAACGGCCUACCGGACACGCUGAUCAUCGAUAACGGAGUGCAGUUCACGUCGGACGAGUUCAAGAAUUUCUGCGCUCACAGCGGCAUCGAACACAUUCGCUCGGCCCCGUACCACCCUCAGUCUAACGGCCAGGCCGAAAAAUUCGUCCACCUUCUCAAGACGGGGCUGGAGAGAGCCCAAGGAAACGUCGAUCAGAAACUGCGCGAGUUUCUUACUUGCAACCGCCGCACUCCAUCGUACUCGCUUGGCGGAAAGUCCCCAUCGGAACUUAUGAACGGAAGACCGAUGAAAACGAGACUCGAUUUGUGCAAGUCAAAGCCAUCACCAUCUCAGCAACGGGACGAGCAGAUGGAGGCCCGUUUCAACAUUUCUCACGGCGCCAAGUGGAAGGAGUUUACCGUUGGCUCCCCCGUUUAUUACAAACGCAACCGAUCAAACAUCGACUGGGAGUGGAUUCCGGCCACCAUCCUGAGCCGUUCCGGAGCCGUGAACUAUGCAAUUGAGUCCGAGGCAGGGAAAGUAUUCCCAAAUGUACACGCAAAUCAACUGAAAUCACGCAAAACAAAGAACGAGUUCCUGGAGGCUUUUAACCUGACCGACGUCACUGACACUGAAGUCGAGCCGUUCAUCACGCCGCAAGCAGAGGCUCACGAACAAAAUCAAGAAGACGAGAACCAAGACCUAGAGACAACAGAAGAAAUCUUUGAGGACGCUGAAGAUUUUCAAGAAGUCGAGCAACCCGCACCCCUGCGCCGCACAACAAGGGUCAAUGCAGGAAUUCCGCCUGCUCGCUUCGGAGGGAAGGAUUAA